CUAUACGUUAAAAAAGUAAUAAAAUAAAAUAAUGGAUCUGCAAAUUUUCGACGACGAUUUAGAUGUUUUGGAAAUAAUUGAUUUUGGUUUUCCAAAAUUAAUAUACACAAGAUCCAAUUAUUUCCACGAAAUGGACGAAUAUAAUUUUUUUAAAAGAUUUCGUCUAACAAAACAAAGUUGUUUGUAUGUUCUACGACAAAUACAAGAAAUUAUAGAAUUUCCGUCUAAUAAAAACAACUGUGUGUCUCCAAUGAACCAGUUGCUAACAACCCUUAGAUUUUACGCUUCUGCUAGCCAUUUAACUAUUGUAGCUGAUUUUACCGGGAUGCAUACUUCAACAGCUAGUAGAAUUAUAUCGCGGGUAUCGCGUGCAAUUGUUAUGCUGAGACCGCAAUACAUAAAAAUGCCAAGUAAUACCGAAGAAAUUCUAGCAGUACAAAACCAGUUUUAUGGAAUAGCUGCAUUUCCCAGGAUUAUAGGUGCCAUUGAUUGCACGCACAUAAAAAUUCAGUCUCCUGGUGGCGAAGAUGCAGAAGUGUACAGGAACCGAAAAGGCUACUUUUCUUUUAAUGUACAAGUUAUUGUAAAUGCAAAUUUGGAAGCCAUGGAUAUUGUGGCAAGGUGGCCAGGAUCUGUUCACGAUUCAACUAUAUUUAAUAAUAGUCGCAUUAGAGCACGGUUAGAAAACGGAGAUUUCCAAAAUGGCAUAUUAUUAGGCGACAGCGGAUAUCCUCUGCGAGAGUAUUUUCUAACUCCAUUGGCAGAGUAUAGAACAAGACCAGAAGAACUGUAUAAUGAAGCUCAUAUAAGAACCCGAAAUACAGUGGAACGGUUCUUUGGAAAUUGGAAACGUCGAUUUCCUGUCCUUGCAUAUGGCCUACGUUUGAAAAUUUCCACUGUGAUGGAGGUUAUUGUAGCAACGGCAGUUCUACAAAAUAUUACCAGAACAGUUAUGGCAGAAGAAAAUGUUGCUGUUUUGCCAGAUGAUAUUAAUGAAGCAGAUUUAAAUGUUCAAAUUGAGGCUGGCCGUGUGGAGAUGAAUAAUAUCG